CUCUGUAAUUUGCGACAAAUACAAUUCGGUUGCCCUCACUACUACUACUACUACUACUACUACUACUACUACUACUACUACUACUACUACUACUACUACUACUACUACUACUACUACUACUACUCAGGUAGUUAAAAUAACAGUCAAUAAUGAGUUAGAACAGAAUCAUUUUUUUCAUUAUUCCAGUAACCAAGCAAAUUUAUUUAUACAAUUAAAUAAUUUAAUUUACUAA